AUGUUCUCAUACACAUCACGCUCCUUGAUCGGAAAGGCCCCUGUGCCAUUCCGCUCUUUAUCAUCCCCAUCCCAGCCGACUCCGCCGGAGCAAGAGACGACACCCGUUCAAGAUCCAACGCCGACCCCUGCACCAGUUGCUCCUGAAGAAGCUGCCCCUGCGGCCUCUACAACUACCGCUAUGCUCGCCGCUACGGCGCCUGCAUCGACCGCUCCAGUAGCACCAACGGAAACUGAGCAAACUAAUAAGCCUAGUGUGAAAGAAUGGUCUGAACGGUUAGGAGUAUUUAGUAAGGACAGCCGACUUCCACGAAGCGUGCAAGCCAUAUACCUCCGUCCUUUGCGGAGGAAGGUGGAGUAUGGCCUCCCAGUCUGCGACCUUCAAUUGCGAUCAUACAGCGUUCGUAACGUGGAGUUCUUCGCAGAUUUUGCCAUCCGUGCCGCUUACUACCUCAACCUUCCCGCGUCCGGGCCUGUGCCUCUCCCUCGCAUUGUUGAAAGCUGGACCGUUCCCCGAAGCAACUUUGUGCACAAGAAGAGCCAGGAGAAUUUCGAACGAAUCACCCUCCGUCGACUGAUUCAGAUCAAGGAUGGAAACCCACAAGCGGUGCAGGUAUGGCUUGCAUUUCUCCGGAAGCACGCGUUUUAUGGAGUCGGUAUGAAGGCAAAUGUCUGGGAACACGACAGUCUCGAUGCUGGUAAGGCCAUGGACGCUUCCAUUGCCGAGGUGGAGGAAGCUCUUCGCCCCGAGCUCGCGCAAUUCGGUCAGCGGAAGGACAAUUCGGCCCCGGGCACGAUGAUCGAUACUUUGAACAUACCGCAAGAUCCAGCCCUACUGAAGCGAUGGAAGAAGGAGGCCUUUGCAACGUUGCUUGCUGUGGGCUUGGACCCUAAGCGCUCUACAAUAUUCUACCAGUCCGCUAGUAAGCUGCAGCUGCCAGACGACGCCACGCUUGAUGACUCGACGGCACGGGCACAACUGCGACUAGGUCUUUUCUCCUAUCCAGUACUGCAAGCUGCCGAUAUCCUUGUGCACAGAGCCACCCAUGUCCCGGUUGGAGAAGAUCAAAGACAGCACCUGGAGUUUGCCAGAUAUACCGCGAACAGCUUCAACCACCUCUACGGGCCGAUCUUCCCUAUUCCAGAGGCGCUAAUAUCUCCUGCCAAGCGAGUGAUGUCCCUAAAGGAACCCACUUCAAAGAUGUCCAAAUCGCACGCCGAUGAGAAAUCUCGGAUCAUCCUUAAUGACUCGCCAGCCGAAAUCCGCAAGAAAGUCAAGGUAGCCCUGACAGACUCCGAAGCAAGCAUCACCUACGACCCGACCCGUCGACCUGGGGUGUCAAACCUCAUUGAGAUCCUGAGCCACCUGGAAGGUGUAUCGUGCGAGGAUAUUGCGGCUGACUUCCAUACCGCAAGUCUUCGAUCGCUCAAAGAACAUGUUGCAGACCGGAUCGCUUAUCAUUUGCAAGAAAUCCGGGAUCGAUAUGAUACGAUCAUGGAGGAUCAGACUGGUUACCUGGAAUCAGUGGCUGAGGAGGGUGCCGAAGCAGCGCGGGCCAACAGUCGGGUGACGAUGCAGCAAAUUCGGGAUGCGAUGGGUCUUAUGAUGUAUGAUGGUAUAGGGAAGAACUACGGAGAAACUUUGUACUUCUGUGAGGUCACUCUGGGUACCCCGGAGCAGAGCGUGCGUCUGGUUCUCGACACUGGAAGUAGUGAUUUGUGGACCAAUACGCCAAAUUCUACUCUCUGUGCAUCCCCCAAAAACGUCUGCGCCGACUCCGGUACCUACGACCCGAGCUCUUCCUCUUCAUGGUCAUUUGUGAACUCAGACUUCAAUAUCACCUAUGCCGAUGGGUCCGGCGCCGCCGGAAACUAUGUCGCCGACACCCUUACGAUCGGAGGUACGACUAUUAAAGACUUCCAAUUUGGCCUUGGGUUUUCGUCCGGCUCUUCAGAGGGUGUGCUGGGUAUAGGAUAUCCUGCGAAUGAAGUUCAGGUUGGCAGAAAUGGAGACUCAGCUUAUGCCAACCUGCCCAAGGCGAUGGUCAACAAAGGAAUAAUCCAAUCAAAUGCCUAUAGUCUCUGGCUGAAUGACCUGGAUGCGAACACCGGCUCGAUUUUGUUCGGUGGAGUCAAUACCAAGAAAUACCACGGCACCCUGCAAACAGUCCCCAUCCAGAAGGUCGAUGGACAGUAUUCGGAGUUUAUCAUUGCGCUCACUCAAGUGUCCCUUACCAAUUCAUCCAGUGAAAAUACCUAUUCUUCGAGCUUGAUACCCGUGGGCGUGCUGCUGGACUCGGGGAGCUCUCUUACAUACCUUCCGGACGCCCUUGUCCAAGAAAUCUACGAUGAUCUCGGGGUCUCCUACGAGCCGGACAGUGGUAUUGGCUAUAUUGAUUGCAGCAUGGCAGACGAGGACAUCGCCCUCAGCUACACAUUCUCAUCCCCGACGAUUAACGUGAGCAUCAAAGAGUUGAUCAUCGACGCUGGUGAUCUCUUUUUCCGAAACGGCAAGCGGGCCUGCAUUUUUGGCAUUGUUCCCGCGGGAAGCAGCACGGCCGUCCUGGGAGAUACGUUCCUUCGCAGUGCGUACGUGGUAUACGAUCUCGCCAAUAAUGAGAUAUCUCUUGCCAGCACCAACUUCAACACCACCGAGAAUGAUAUCUUGGAGAUCGGGACUGGUCCCGAUUCCGUCCCCGGUGCGACUGCAGUCUCGAACCCAGUGACUACGGCGCCAGUUGGUGGCGCCGCGGCUCGCAUCGGAGGUCCGACUGGAGGAUCCGGCCUCCAUGGCUCGGCCUCUGUCACUGGAAAUAUAGCCAUUCCUAGGGCGACGGCUAUGCCGAAACACCUGGCUGUUGGCCUUGCCGGUGUAGGAGCUCUUCUGGCUCUUUAA